GAUCUCAUGCUGAACGCCGUGUCUCGAGCCGUGGCUCGUGCUGCCGUCCGCAGCUCGCGUCGCCCCAGACAAUCCGAGGCUCGCCCCGCCGCUAGCGCAGCCGUCAUGUCCCGGCCCCUGCGGGCCACCUCGGGCUCCCCAGCCCGACCCGCCACAGUUCUGGGCACCAUGGAGAUGGGGCGCCGCAUGGACGCGCCCGCCAGCGCCGCGGCCGUGCGUGCCUUCCUGCAGCGCGGCUACACUGAGCUGGACACUGCCUUCAUGUACAGCGACGGCCAGUCCGAGAGCAUCCUGGGCGGCCUGGGGCUCGGGCUGGGCGGCGGCGACUGCAGAGUGAAAAUCGCCACCAAAGCCAAUCCCUGGGAAGGAAGGUCUCUGAAGCCCGACAGCCUCCGGUCCCAGCUGGAGACGUCACUGCAGCGGCUGCAGUGCCCCCGGGUCGACCUCUUCUAUCUACACGCACCUGACCACGGCACCCCCGUGGAAGAGACGCUGCGCGCCUGCCACCAGCUGCACCAGGAGGGCAAGUUUGUGGAGCUUGGCCUCUCCAACUAUGCUGCCUGGGAGGUGGCCGAGAUCUGUACCCUGUGCAGGAGCAACGGCUGGAUCCUGCCUACCGUGUACCAGGGCAUGUACAACGCCACCACCCGGCAGGUGGAAACAGAGCUCUUCCCCUGCCUCAAACACUUUGGACUGAGGUUCUACGCCUACAACCCUCUGGCUGGGGGCCUGCUGACCGGCAAGUACAAGUAUGAGGACAAGGAUGAGAAACAACCCCUGGGCCGCUUCUUUGGGAACAGCUGGGCUGAAAUCUACAGGAAUCGGUUUUGGAAGGAGCACCAUUUCAAGGCUAUUGCCCUGGUGGAGAAGGCCCUGCAGGCUGCCUAUGGCACCAGUGCCCCCAGCAUGACCUCGGCUGCCCUGCGGUGGAUGUACCACCACUCGCAGCUCCAGGGUGACCAUGGGGACGCUGUCAUCCUGGGCAUGUCCAGCCUGGAGCAGCUGGAGCAGAACUUGGCGGCCACAGAGGGUGGGCCCCUGGAGCCCACUGUGGUGCAGGCCUUUGACCAAGCCUGGCACAUGGUUGCCCAUGAAUGUCCCAACUACUUCCGCUAGGCCCCAGCAUGGCUCAGGCUGCCAGGGUUUCUUCCUUUUUUGUCCCCUUGUCUACUCCACACUGGCCGGGCUUUGCCUUAAGCUGAUUUAGCACAGUCUUUCUGCCCGGUCUCUUCUCCCCGCUCUGGAGCCUGCAUUAUUUUUCUAGUUUCCUGCCUCACUCUCAGUUACCUUCACAAUGUGUGAAGGCUGGGGCUGAGCCAUGCGUGGGUAUUUCUUGUCUGAAUAAAGCGGGCACCUGACCUGGCUGUCGCCCAGGCCCAGAGUGAACCCCACAAACUCA